AUGAUGUAUUCCAAAGCUGGUAAAAUUUCAAUUGAACUCUUUCCUUGGAUACAACAAAGAGAUGCAAUAAUCAAUGGAGAGAAAAAAAAAACUUAUGAAAUCUCAAUUUUUGAUGAUAUACCCCAUAGUAAAAGACCUUAUAAAAGUUUCAAAGAAAAUACAAAAUUAUCUCCAAAAGAAGCAAGUCAACCAACAGUUUAACCAUUUUCAAAAUAAGUUGGAAGAGUGGAAUCGAAAAAAGAGUUAGAUAGAUAUGGAUUUUAUAAUCCAAAAUAUCAUUUAGUACAAAAAAAAUCACCAUUAACUGAUAGUCCUGAUCAUUUUAGAUAAAUAAAUAGUGAUCGAUCUUUAUCUUCAAAAACUAUUAAAAGAUCUAUAAAAUUAUAGAAACCUACUUUAAAACAUAAUUGUGAAGCAAGUAAAGAAUAUUUAGAGAGAAUGAAAUAGUAUGAAGAAAGAAAAUUAAGAGCCCAAGAAUAUUAACCAGAAUUAAACAGAUUUCCUUUACCAGAAGGACCAAAUGAACAUAGAUUUGAAUACUAAAAAUACCCAUAAUCAUAAUAUGAUAGAUCUCCAAAUCCAAUAAUUAGACCAAGAUCUAGUUCUUCAAAAAUUAAAUUUAAAGAAGUAAGAAAACGAUUUGAUAAAAUCAUAGUAAAAGAAUGGUCAAAUUUAUGAUCCAAAUUACUCAGUAAUAUAUCCAAAAUCAGAUAAAAUGAUACCUGUAUUAGAUAAAUUGACUCCAAGAUAACCAUUUAAUAGUGAAAAACCUAUAUAUACAUAUCAUGAGACAUUGUCUGAGGAUACUCCAAAGAAACGCAAUAGUCCUUAAUCAUUUAGAUUGGAUUAGUAGAUUACAAGAGAAAAAGCCAUGAGUUACUAUUCCUCUAUAAGAAGACUUUAUUAUUUAUGA